AUGACUGGAUCAGCACCGGAAGCUUUGAUUGUCAUCUAUCGAAGUUAAUUAAAGUAAGAGAUCUUAGUAUUAAGUAGAUGGCAGUACAUAGCUUGUUCUCACAUUUUUUGGCCGAUAUGCUCACAGAUGGCAGUAUCUAUAUUCUUCUAUAAAUAAGGGAAAUAGCGUGCAACAAGGACAAAUAUAUGUAUAUUUUGUGAAAGAAUUGUAAGCAACAAGAAUGGAUGGUGUCGCGUAACAGAGGAAGAGCGCAAUAGUGAAAAAUAGCAAUAGCGAUUAGUUUCAUCAUUUCGUUGCUACAUAGUGAUGUUAGUUUAAAUUUUCAUUUGCAAAAAGAAACCAAUCAAAUGAAUUAAUUUGUAAAUUUUUAUAAUUGCGUAUUCUUAAUUAAAACGGGUUCUCUUUUUUCAGUUGAUCUAUAUGCAUGUAUCAGUUGCAUAGUAAUACUUCUUUAAAUAAUACAUAUUUGAUUUCCUUUAAAUUCUGUUUAAUUUAAAGGUCUUGAAAAUAUUAUUAUGUUUCUGUAAGUUGUAAGCCGAUGAAAUAUAUUAAUCUUUUUUACGAGUUGCGUUAUAAUUGAUACAAAAAACCAAAACAAUCGUAAGAUUGCUCGAAUCACAAUUGUGAAAUGAAUUAACAUAUAGCGUAAAGUGUAUUUGUAUAUUAUACUUAUUCUGAAAUUUCGAUAUAUCAAUUUUAUAUUCAAAUGUAUAUAAUAAUUAAUUAAGAUUGUAUUAAACGAUCGUGUAAUAAUAGAUAAAAAAUAUUUUCAUAUUAAAAACUUAUUUCAAAUAUAUAAGUUAACAUAAAUUAACAUUUAUUUAUAUAGCAAACUGUACUACAUUUAGUUUGUUAAAUUAUUACAGAUAUUUUUAAAUGAAAAAGAACAUGUUAUAUAACUUUUUGUUUAUAAAAUAAAUUUUUAAACAUGUUUUUACCUAAAAAUAGUUUUUUCAUAAAAAAUUAUCAUAAAAAUACAUAUAAAAAAUGUAUACGAUUUAUUUCUGAAAAUAUGUAAGUGUAUUAAAGAAAUUAGUUAAACAAAUGUAUCAUAUUUACAUAUACAAAUAGUAUAAUAUUUUUUAUAUAGGAAAGAAUGGAAACCUACAAUUGGUUUGGAAAUACAUGCGCAAAUUUCAACAAAAUCAAAGUUGUUUUCUGGAGCUCCUACAAAUUUCAAUAAUCCAAUUAAUUCUUGUGUGUCACUUUUUGAUUGCGCAAUACCAGGAACAAUGCCAGCUGGCUUUCAAAUUACACAACAAAAAAAGCCUUUAGCUAUUAAUGGAAAAAUUAAGUUUCAUGUAUUUAAAACUGGAGUGCAUAAACAACCUUAUUCAAAAUCAUCAAAAAUUAAACAAAUACAACUAGAACAAGAUAGUGGAAAAAGUCUUCAUAAUGAAGGAUUUGGAAGAAGUUUAAUUGAUCUUAAUCGAGCUGGAAUACCUUUGAUGGAAUUAGUGUUUGAGCCAGAUUUAACAAGUGGAGAAGAAGCAGCAGCUCUUGUGAAGGAACUAUGUUUCAUUUUACAAUUAUUAGGCACAUGUUCAUGUAAAAUGGAAGAAGGGGCUUUACGAGUUGAUGCAAAUGUUUCCAUAAGUAAACCUAAUGCACCUUUAGGCAUUCGAACAGAAUUAAAAAAUAUUUCAAGUUUAAGUGCUAUCAAUCAUGCUAUAGAAUAUGAAAUAAAGAGACAAAUUUCAAUUCUACAGAAAGGAGGAGAAGUUACUAAUGAAACCCGCGCAUGGGAUCCACUAAAUAAAAAAACAAUUCUUAUGCGUGAGAAAGAAGAAAAACAUGAUUAUCGUUUUAUGCCUGAACCAAAUUUGCCUCCCUUACAUUUAUAUGUCAAUAAAAAUGUACAAAAUACAUAUAAUCUAAUUGAUGUUCCAUCCUUAAAGGAGCAACUACCAGAGUUACCAGAACAAAUACGUCAAAAUUUACUCAAAAGUCUUACACCUGAUACACUUGCAGCAAUAACAAGUAAUUUAGAAUGGUAUCUGCUGUUUUGCGACAUCUUAAAGAAUGGUAAUCAUCGCGAACCUCAGUUGGUGGCUAAAAUUUUUAUAUCUGAAAUUUUGUCAUUUGUUAAUAAUCAGAAAUAUAUUGAGGAAUCGAUAGACUUAAUACAAACUGAAAUAAUAAAUCGACCAACAUUUAAAAAAUUAUUAAAUGAAUUACUCAAUAAGCCAAAUAAAAUGCCAAAACAGAUUGUUGAAGAAAAUAAUUGGUUUAUAAUAUCUGAUGAAAAGGAAUUGGAGAUGAUAUGUUUAGAAUUACUUAAAACAAAUCCCCAUUUGGUAAAACAGUACAAAGCAGGACGUAAAAAAGUAUUUAAAAAGUUUCUACACAAAACAUCUUUACUUACUGAACAGCGUGCAGAUAUGGCCAAAGCAUCAAAAAUUAUGACAAGAUUAUUGAGUUAAUUUCAAAAUGUUUCUGUAACAUAACAUUUUAAUAAUAACUUUAUAAAUAAUUAAAUGUGCCUAUUUUUUAACACAUUUACAUAUUACCACAUUAAAAAUAUAAUACGAAAUAUACAAGCAAUUUUUCUAAAUUAAUUUUUUAUAAACUAUCGAUCACAAAUAUAAAACCAGAUAUGAAAUAAAUAUUUCAAAUCAACAAAUUAGAGAUUGUCAGGCUCCUAUGUAACUUCAAAGUUUAAUUUGAACCAGCACAAAAUUUUAUUUUCAACAGUGUUAAUUAUAUUAUAAAAUAUUUCACAGAAAUGUCAGACCACAUUCACUGA